AUGUCGCACACGGCGCCACAACAGGCGCUGGAUAAUGAGAAACCCGCGGUGGAAACGGAAGGCAUUGAUGGGAUUGGCAGAAAUGAAAAAAGGAAUGGAAAUGAGAGCGAGGUUUCCGAUGAAUCGUUUGCGAAUCCAACGGGGAUAAAUGAGAAGGCACUAGUCAGAAAGCUGGAUUGGAAACUAUUACCUGCGCUUACAUUGCUUUAUUUGUUGAGUUUUUUGGAUAGGAGUAACAUCGGAAAUGCGAAACUUGAUGGAUUAGCUACGAGUUUAAACAUCACCGGGAACCAAUAUCUAUUGACACUGACAAUCUAUUUCAUCGGAUACGUUCUCUUCGAAGUACCUUGCAACAUCAUACUUAAACGCACAACACCCAAAAUAUGGCUUCCAACACUCAUGCUUCUAUGGGGAAUCGUCGCAACCUUGAUGGGGGUUUCUACAAACUAUGCGGGGUUUCUAGCUGCAAGAUUUUUCUUGGGUGUUACAGAAAGCGGAUUGUUUCCUGGUGUGGUAUUUUAUUUAUCAAUGUGGUAUAAGAGGACGGAAACACAUUAUCGAGUUGCAUUGUUCUUUUCUGCAGCUUCGUUGGCUGGUGCUUUUGGUGGAAUCUUGGCUUAUGGCAUUGGGUUCAUGGAUGGAGUGGGAGGAUUGAAGGGGUGGAGAUGGAUUUUUAUUAUUGAAGGGCUUCUGACUGUCGUUGUCUCUCUCUUAGCUUACUUUUUCAUCCACAAUUACCCCUCAACCGCACCAUUCCUCACGGAACCAGAACGCUCUUUUAUCCAUGCGCGUCUCAAGUCUUCCACCGAUGCAACCAAUACUGAACCCUUUACUUGGGCCAACGUCCGCGCCGCUUUUGGAGAUUACAAAUGCUGGCUCUACAGUCUCGGUUUCCACACGAUGUCUCUACCCCUCUACACCCUUUCUCUUUUUUUCCCUACCAUCAUCUCAGCCCUUGGCUACAAAGCGGCUACCGCACAACUUCUAACUGUCCCCCCUUACGCAUUCGCCACAGUACUUACAGUGAUCAUCGCCAUCCUUGCAGAAAAAACUCAUAAACGCGCUCCUUUCAUUCUCUUCUCCUCCUCAUUUGCAAUCAUCGGCUAUAUUAUCCUUCUUGCAACCCCACACAACAAACCCGGCAUUUCCUAUCUCGGAACCUUUUUUGCAGCCGGUGGAAUUUACCCCAGUACCGCUAUCGUGCUUUCCUGGCCCGCGGCAAACGUAAGCGGACAAACUAAACGGGCCACAGCGACUGCGAUGACGAUUACUAUUGGAAAUUUGGGGGCAGUUUUAGGAACGCAAUUAUAUAGGCCGGCGACGAGUCCUAGAUGGUUUUUAGGUCAUGGAUUUGCAUUGGGGUAUUUGGUCGCGAAUUUGUUAGUUGUGGGGACGUUAUGGAUUUGUUUGGAAAAUGAAAACAGAGAGAAAAAGAGGAGAGAAGAGAGUGGGGAGGUAGGAGAUGAGGUUUUGAAAAAUGAUGAGGAUGUUAGGUGGAUUUUUCAGACUUGA